GCCACGACAGGCAGAGAUGAGCAGUGUGUAAACAACAAUAAAGCUUUAAUUUUUUAAUUCAUCAUAAUUAAAAAAGAUACAUUUUGGAUAAUACGAGUUUCCAAUCCAGCUAUAUGUAUACCAAUAAGAGUAACACAUAGAGAAACAUUAUGGAGACCGAUUUCCUUGACACGCUGUGUCGGAUCUGUUGUUGCCCCCUCACGGACGUUGCGUGUUUUAACAUUUUCGACUCGGAAAAUGUUGAGUUUCAAAUAAGAGGAUGUCUGCCAAUAUUAGUCUACCAGGGAGACGGACUUCCACAGUCUAUAUGCGAAAACUGUGUGAAGUCGCUCAAAGCAUUUACACACUUCCGCAAGACCAGUUUGAAAAAUGACAAACUCUUGAAAGAGCUGAAGCACAAAAUCGGACCAGACAGCGGCGCAACUCAAGAUGCGCACACUAUAUAUUUAGGUUUAGUAGAAAACCGAGCAAUUACUGAAAAUGAUCCAGCAGAAGUAGAUGAUUUUGAAGAGGCGUCGUGUGAUGAAUCGAAAAAUUUUCAAUUGGAUGAAGACACCUGCAAUGAUUCUGUUCUGACCAACACAACCCUGCUAGCCGAUAGAGUGAACGCCGUUGCGAUUUCCCGAAAAGAAUUAGAGGGGACUAAUAGAAUUAUUUGUGACAUAUGUGGCAAAAGUUACCAGAUAAAGAAAAAACUCGAGAAUCACGUGUUAACUCAUAUGAUUAUAAAAAUAUUUCGGUGUGAAAAAUGCAGAAAAUGUUUUGCUACAAAAGCAUGCUUGAAAACCCAUGAGAAAAGGCACGAUGAAUCUUGGAGACAUGUAUGCAACGAAUGCCACAAGGGAUUUGUGGAUAAAACUUCCUUUAAUUAUCACGUCCGUAGCAAGCACACUAAGUUGAAGCCUUUCAAAUGUGAUAAGUGCAGCAAAUCCUUUUUCAAAAACCAAGAUUUGAAAAUACACGUCAGACGAAAUCAUAGCGCCCGACCUGAGAAUUUUGCCAAGGUCUGCCCUGUCUGCAAUAAAACGUAUCGCGACUCUGAAGCCCUUCGAUUGCACGCGAAAACUCACAUUUCGCUAGAGCAGCGCCGAAAAUACAAGUGCAACACCUGCCCAUCUUCUUUCGCUUGCUCGUCUGCCCUGAAGAAGCACAAGCUAGUACACACUGGAGAAAUGCCAUUUGAGUGCACCAUCUGCGGCCACAAGACACGAACCAAAAAAGGCAUGGACGUGCAUUUAAUCAUUCAUUCUGGAGUGAAGAACUUCAUGUGUGAAGUUUGUGGAAAGUCCUUUGCUUUUGAAAAUACACUAAAAUUUCACGCGCGAACUCACACUGGAGAGAAACCUUUUUUGUGUAAUUUAUGCGGAAAAGGUUAUGCACAGUCAUCUUCCUAUAAAAAGCAUGUUAAGAGCUGUGGGAAGAAGAAGAAAGAUCAACCGUGAUAGCAUUCUGUAAUGUAUUUUAUUAUCAUUAAUUUGCGACUGAUGGUUUAACACUGACUCAAAAUAAAUCAUGUAUCAUAUAUAAUGGAAAAAAUAAUAUUCUAUAAAAUAAGAAAUUUAAAAGACUAAUAAAAUCAACUCUUUUAUUUUUAGUAAUGAAGAAAAAAUUAUUUUAAUCUCAAGUAUCAGAUCAGUGGAAUGGUAUCUUUCCUGGCGGUUUUAUAACUUAAGUUUGCUAAAUUUAGCAAACUUCAUUCGCAUUAUUACAAAUUUUCGCGCUGAUUGUGAGCUGUCAUUUACCUUGAAAAACUA